CCCUCAAAAGGAUUUUGAUUGACAGCUCGGAGUUUGCUGAGUCACCAUUUGUGGCCUGUCCCGGAGAGCGUGGGCGGGAGGGGGGAUUAGGCAGCAUGGACUCCGAUUGGCCGUCGGCGUUUUGCUGAGUCACCCCUCCCACCCCUUGCGGGGAUAUAGAGGUGGCAGCAGGGGAACUCGGGUUGUGAGUUGGGAACCGGAGGCCGGAGGAGAAGCGAAACGGGCGGUAGGGGACUCCUGGCAGGAUACACACUAGCCUGGAGGCGGCAGGGAGCCCCUUGCAGGUCUAGAGCUGAAUCCAGCUGAUCCCGGACGCCGCAGGAGUUGUGCCGUGUUUUGCCGCAUCCUCCCUCCAAUCCAUUGCAGGGCGAGAUGGAGAAGAUGAAGGUGGCCGUGGACCGGGCCCGUGCGGCCUUCGAGACGGGCAAGACGCGCCCCUUGGCCUUCCGCAUCCAGCAGCUCAAGGCUCUGCGGCGCAUGGUCGAGGAGCGCCAGGCCGACAUCGCCGCCGCCCUCAAGGCCGACCUCAACAAGGUAAAGUGCUCAUUCAACGCCUUCAGCUUUGAGAUCAUGCACGCCUUCACCGAGAUCGACGAGAUGGUGGAGAAGCUUCCGGAGUGGGCGGCCCCCGAGCGGGUGGGGAAGACCAUCCUGACGCUGACCGACGAGACCUACAUCCACCGGGAGCCCCUCGGCGUCGUCCUCGUCAUCGGCACCUGGAACUACCCCUUCGCCCUCGUCUGCCAGCCCCUCAUCGGGGCCAUCGCCGCAGGGAACGCCGUGGUGAUUAAGCCAUCGGAGGUCAGCGAAAACACGGCCAAGCUCUUCGAGGAGAUCAUCCCCCAAUACCUGGACAAGGACCUCUUCCCAGUGGUGAACGGCGGUGUGGCGGAGACGACGGAGCUGCUGAAGCAGCGCUUUGACCACAUCAUGUACACGGGGAGCAGCAUGGUGGGCAAGAUCAUCAUGGAGGCAGCCGCCAAGCACCUCACCCCCGUCACCCUCGAGCUGGGCGGGAAGAGCCCCUGCUACGUCGACAACGACUGCGACCUCGAUGUCGCCUGCCGGCGCAUCGCGUGGGGCAAGUACGCCAACUCGGGCCAGACCUGCAUCGCCCCGGAUUACAUCCUCUGCCACCCGUCCAUCCAAGGCCAGGUCGUGGAGAAGCUCAAGAAGGCCGUGAAGGAGUUUUACGGGGACGACAUCAAGAAUUCCCCGGAUUACGAGCGGAUCAUCACAAAGCGCCACCUGAAGCGCCUCAUGAACCUCUUGGAGGGCCAGAAGGUCGCCUUCGGGGGCAAAGCGGACGAAAACGCACGCUAUUUGGAGCCCACCGUGCUGGUGGACGUGGACCCGUCCGCCAAAGUGAUGCAGGAGGAGAUCUUUGGGCCCAUCCUGCCCAUCGUCCCCAUCCGCAGCCUGGACGAGGCCAUCAAGUUCAUCAACGCGCGUGAGAAGCCCUUGGCCCUCUACGCCUUCGCCAACGACAGCAAGAAAAUCAAGCGCAUGAUUGCUGAGACGUCCAGCGGCGGAGUGACCGCCAACGACGUCCUGAUGCACUUUGCCGUCCCCGGAUUUCCCUUCGGAGGAGUCGGUAGGUUUGCUUGGGCCUCCCUUUUGGGGCGGAGGGGGCACUCGCACCCGGGUCUCUCACAAAGACAAGUAUCAUAAGAAUAUUGUUGUUAU